UCAGAUUUUCAUGAAAUGCUGGAAACGCUUUUCCCGCCUCCUCCGGCAGAGGGCGCCAUCGCUCCUCCGGUGUUGUCGGAAGUAAGGCGCGCUUCCCGGUUCCGUCGCGCGUUUCCCGGUCGUGCGGCAGGCCGGGCCCGGUGUCGGUUCGUACGGGUGCCGGGAGGGGCGCACGCGGUUCCAUGGGAAACGAGGAGAAUGCCACAGCCACGAUUGUUGCUGGUAAUCACCGGUGACGAUUUCGGCUAUUGUUCUCGGAGGAACCAGGGGAUUGUUGACUGCUUCCUGGCAGGAGGGAUCUCCAAUGUUUCCCUGCUGGUGAACGGUUCAGCAGCUAAAGAGGCUGCAGAUCUAGCCAAAAGACAUGAAAUUCCCAUUGGUCUCCAUGCCAACCUCUCUGAGGGCACUCCAGUGUGUCACAUCCUGCAGAAGUCCUCCAGCCUCACUGACCACAGAGGCUUUUUCCAUGGGAAAAUGGGCUUCCGUCAGAGCUUGGAGAGAGGUCAGCUCUGCAUGAAACAGGUGGAGAUGGAGUUAAGGGCCCAGGUGAAGCGCUUUGUGGAACUUACAGGUCAUCUGCCCAAUCAUAUGGAUGGACACCAACAUGUUCAUGUGCUACCAGAGGUCCGUGAUGUCUUCGCUCAGGUGAUGUCAGACCACAGGAUUCGGUUCACUCGUGUUCCAGUAGAACCUGGUUUGCACAGCUGCCAAUGGCUCCCUGAGCACCUGCACACCUUCUACUCCCAGGUGGAGAAGGACGCCCUGGACUCCAUGGCUGUCUUCAGGCAUAAUGGGAUUAGGUGGCCUGAUGUGUACCUUGGACUGACCACCAUGGGUCAAAACAUGUCUGUCCCCCACCUGCAGAGGGCGCUGCGGCUCGCUCUGGCUGCAGGGCAGAUGGGUGAACCGUCCAGUAGGGCGUGUGUCACAGCUGAGCUUAUGGUCCACCCAGGUUACCCAAGUCAUCCCCAGGAGGGCGGCUGUGGGGAAGGACCGGACGACUUCUCUCAGUCACUUGAACGACAGCAUGAACUGAGCGUGCUCAGUGACCCGUCUAUGGCAGCGCUCUUGAGCCAGGAGAAGGUUCAGCUGUGUGCUUUUAAAGACCUUUGACCUUUGUUGUCUCUGGAGUCAAUGAGCCUGGACAGAACCGCUGGUAGAACCAAGGUUCAGCAUAUCUUGGGUUCUCUGAGGUCCAAAAUAACUUUUUUUAACACACUAUGACUCAUUUCACUACUGAUGCUAGCUAGCAUCUCCGGAGGGUUUAAAUAAAAAGAGUUUUAUUGACCUAA